UUGAACGUACAGCGGGGAAACGGAGCCGCUAUGGAGGAUUUGUGUUUGUAUUAGCUAGCGAGGUUCUGUCUAGUAUUCUCACCGUAGCUGGAUUGAAAUGACACAUUCCUGAUACGAAUAGGGAUGCUUGACUUUAUUUGGAAGGACCGUGCUAUAACUUAACGUCUCUGUUCGGGUGAUCUUUGUGUCUGAAAGAUGCCUAUCCGAGCAUAUUGUACAAUUUGCUCCGAUUUCUUCGAUCACUCCAGAGAUGUGGCUGCCAUCCACUGCGGACACACUUUCCAUUAUGAAUGUCUUCUUCAGUGGUUUCAGACAGCCCCCACUAAAACCUGUCCACAGUGUAGGAAGCAGGUCAGCACCAGGCACAUUAUCAACAGGCUGUUUUUUGACAUCAGUGGAGAGGAGGAGGUCAGCGCGGACCCAGAAAGCUUGCAGAAUGAGCUGGGUCGAAUGAAGGCACUUCUAAGCUCUAAAGAGCAAGAGUUGCGGGACAAGCAGAAGGCGAUGGACAGUUUAAGGGACACCGUGGACAAGCAGAGGAGAGACCUGGACAGUGUGCGGAAAGAGAUUAUGGAAAAGGAGAUGCUAUGCUGUGCCCUGAGAAAACAGAUGUCAUACUUAGAGACGCAACAGAAUGAGUUUCAGGUGGCCAAGGAGGAGGCCCGGAGACUCAGGACCAAAAUGAAAACUUAUGAAAGCCUGGACGUGUUGUUGCAGGGCCAGAGAGCAGAGGUGGAGUCCAUGAUCACAGAUAUGGGUGUCAGCCAGGCAGCGGUUGAGCAGCUCUCUAUCUACUGCAUCUCUCUCAAAAAAGAGUAUGAUAAUCUAAAGGGAACCCUGAAGUCUUCAAAUGACAUGUGUGAGAAGCUAAAGAGAGAAGUGCUCUCCUCCAACAACAAGUUACAAAAAGCUGCAGUGGAGGUGAAUCAGACCAAAGACGACAUGAAGUCUCUGCAGAACGAUUUGGCGAAUGCUGACAAAGAAAUCUCUAGUCUGAAGAAGAAGGUGGAGUUUCUUCAGAAGACUCUGAGCACACCGACACGGACAAAUGAAGCGCUCACCCGGCUCGUCUUUGAAAGUCCGGCCCCUGUGGAGCUGAAGCAGCCUCGCCUCCACCAGCCAGCAGACUGUGAGGACAUUGACCUCAACAUGACCUAUGACAUCACUACACCAGACGACGUGGCCAAGAGACCGAAGCAGGUCCCAUUGAAGAAGAUGCGUCUUGACCCACCUGUAACAUCUGUGUCCAAAUACAAUGAAAAAACUUCAUCGUCAAGCAAAGCCCGAGAUGAAGAGUCAGCCCUGGAUCCUUUUUUGAGGAACUCUCUCCUCUUUAGAAAGAAGACUUUCGGCAGCAUGUUGGACCCUCAGAGGAAGCCUGGAGCUGUCAGAACUGGUUAUGAUGGUUUAGGAGGACGAACUAAAUUCAUUCAACCUUCUCCUUUAUCAGAGAUUCGCCCACUGAUGAAAGCUAAAAGGAAAAAAGUGACCAGACCUCCACCCAAGAUUUCAACUUGUCUCACUCUGGACGGCUUCCUUGAGUAAAUAUUGGAAUCAGAGUUCAGGAGGCUGUGAGGGGAAAAAGCUUGUUGGUGCUCUUCUGGCUCAGAGAGCAGCCUGGCAGCGGUUCCACCUCUCAGCACCAAACAGGACUUUCUGCUUGAACUUUUGUUUUAAAAGCAAUAACUCGCCUCCGACUCAAAAGCAAAUGUUGACUUUUUGGUGACGUCGGCAAACUUGCUGUACAGUUUUUUUUGUGUGUGUGUGUGUGUUGAGAUGAACUUGUGUGUGUAGACUGUGUCCUGACUGGUCUUAGGUUUGAAACCUUUUGUAGUUGUGUAGGAGUCUGUGUAUGUCUGAGACCGGUUUGUCUGCAAAUCAUUGAUCCGUUAUCUGAUACGUCAUCGAUUGUCAUGGACAGAUCUCGUCUCUGUACACUGAAAAGCAAUCAGUUAUUUUUCACAGAGUCUUCUUAUAUUAACCUACAUGUAGAUGUGAUGUAGGUGUUUUUAGUUCCAAUGGUCCAGUGUGAUGCAGCUCAAAUAAUAAAGAAUAUUUUUCUUAAGGUU